AUGUUUGGUUACUCGAAUAGAGACGCUGCCUCUAUGCUUGGCUACGCCUUUCUGGUAGCUCUACUGACCUGGUAUUUAAUAACAUAUCUCCUCUCCCCGCUACGCCGUUUUCCUGGUCCCUUUCUCGCAGGCUGGACGAACCUAUGGCGCCUGUCCCACGUUCGCCAGGGAAAGUACCACAAGGUCAUCCAUGAGCUGCACAAAAACUACGGUCCAGUGGUGCGCAUUGGUCCCAACGUGCUCGACCUAGAUAUCCCCGAGUUGAUCAAGACAAUUUACAGUAUCAAAUCGGAUUAUUUGAAAACCGAAUUUUAUCAUGGUAGUAGCGCUAAAAACGACGGCAAAAUCAUCUACAAUCUCUUCAGCGAGUGCAAUCCUAAGGUGCAUGCACAGCAAAAGCGGCCCAUCUCGAAACAUUAUUCUCUGGCCGGAGUACUUCCACUGGAGCCUCAUAUCGAUGAUACGAUUUCUUACUUGUGUCGACGCCUGGAGGAGGAAUUCAUCAACGGAUCCAACUCAACUAAAACAUGUGACCUAGGUGAAUGGAUUUCUUAUUAUACCUGGGACGUGGUUGGCAAUGUCACUUUCAGCCAGCCCAUUGGAUAUCUGAAAAAAGGUUGUGAUUUUGAUAAGACCCUGCAUAUCGCGAAUGUCGCCAUGGGCUACUUUUCCCUAGUGGGACAAAUACCAAUUCUGGAUCACUUGUUGGACAAAAACCCCGUGUACCGAAUCGGCCCGCCGUCUUUCGGGGCUGUAACCAAUAUAUCAAUCCAGCAUCUCAUGGAUCGACUUCAGAAUAAAGACACCGACUACCAUGACCCCAGCAAACCUGACUACCUAGACAAAUUCAUCGAGGCUAAGGAGAAAUUCCCAGACCUGGUGGAUGACAUGCAAAUCAUCUCGUAUCUAAUGAUCAACAUGAUUGCAGGAGCCGACACAGCAGGCGUGACUAUUAACGCGGCAUUGUACUUCUCCUUGAAACAUCCUCAGGUCUGGGAGCGACUAAGAACAGAGAUUUCCGCCUAUGACCAUACCUCUGAAAGCACGGUGAUAUCCUACACAUCCGCCAGGCAUUUCCCAUACCUAGAUGCCGUGGUACGUGAAGCAAUGAGAUGCCAUCCCGCUGUCGCCAUGCUCCUAGAGCGAUACGUACCAGAGGGCGGACUUACCCUUCCCGAUGGAAGCCUCGUUCCUGCAGGGUCCAUAGUUGGCAUUAACCCCUACAUUGUGGGGCGCAAUACGUCUGUCUGGGGCGAAGAUGCUGAAGAGUUCCGUCCCGAGAGAUGGCUCCGCGAUGAGACGCGGGAGACCGAAGAUGCGUUCCAGGAACGUUUGGUAUCAAUGAACAAGGCUGACCUCAGCUUUGGCGGUGGAAGUCGUAGUUGUAUCGGGAAGCAUCUUGGUCUGGUGGAAGUGUAUAAGGUAAUUGCAACGCUUGUGUCACGCUACGAUAUCAAGCUGGCUCUUCCGGAGAAGGACUGGAUGACGCAUAAUAGCUUUUUUGUGCGGCAGACUGGCAUCGAGGUGAAGCUUACUCGCCGGAUUUGA